UGUCAACACUCCAUUAUUCUUCAUUGCACCUUUUCAACCAACAGAGAAGAAGACAAUCGCUCACUUUGAUGACUCACAGAUUUCUCUGAUACUAUAAAGCACCGCCAAAAUCAAAGAAAAAAGAAGAUGGUAAGAGCUCCUUGUUGUGAUAAAGAUGGUGUAAAGAAAGGAGCUUGGAGCCCUGAAGAAGAUAAAAUGUUGAUUCAGUAUAUUCAAACUCAUGGUCAUGGUAACUGGCGUUCUCUCCCCAAGAAUGCAGGCCUUCUUCGAUGUGGAAAGAGCUGCAGACUUCGAUGGACAAACUAUCUUCGACCCGAUAUAAAACGAGGUCCCUUUUCCCCUGAAGAGGAAGCUACCAUUAUUCGACUUCACGCCAUGCUCGGUAACAAGUGGGCUGCCAUAGCAUCCAGCAUACCAGGAAGAACAGAUAAUGAGAUAAAGAACUUCUGGAACACGCAUCUGAAGAAGCGUCUCACUUUGCAAACUCAACAAUCUUGCGACACCAUCAAUAUAAAAUGCGAGUCUCCAACAACCAGGCACAUGGUACAAUGGGAAACUGCCAGAGUCGAGGCAGAGACCCGUCUGUCUAUGGAAUCACUGUUUGCUAACCCAUCAUCAACAGUUAAGAUUGAAAAUGACUAUUUUCUCCAGUUAUGGAAAUCUGAAGUUGGAAAAUCAUUUCGCAACUUCAAGGAGAACGAUGGAGAAGGAUCCCAAAGUCCUAUUACAACAAAAUUAAUGUCUGAUUCAUGUGACAACGAGAAAGUGAUGCCUAUGCAUUCCAUCAAAAGAAGUAGCUCAUCAUAUGAUACCAUACAGGAACAAGAAGAAGACUGCAAACCAAUUAUUGCCAAAAUGACAUGCUCAGAUUCUAUCAACUCUAAUGAAUUCUCUGAUUAUUCUGAUACAGCAUUGAAGUUGUUGUUGGAUGUUCCCGGUGGCAAUGAUAUGGAAUUCUUAGAAGGGGAGACUGAUAAUUUUUCCAGCUUCCUCGAUCUUAAAUGAGAUUGAAACUAUUUGAAGCA